AUGCACGCAAGUAGUUCCCCAGGCAUUUCCGACGAAAGUUCUUCUGCCAUAAAUGUUCCGCCUAAAAUAGAAAACUUGUCUUCAGUAGAAGUUAAAAGACUAUCGCAAGUCACAUUCCCAGAAGUCUCAGCACGUUUUCCCGUCUCUCACUCGGACCUAUCGAACUCCCUCCCCCUUGUGCCAUCCCAAAGAAUAGAACAGAUUUGUUCAUCUAGUGAACCGCCUGUGACCACCGAAUGUACAAAGAUUACGAACCUAUCUUUAAGUCAGUCUUCCGAUUCCAAGUCAGAGGGCGGCGUAAAAGAAAGGACCGAUGACGUCACUGAAAUCCUACCAGCCCCACUCGGACCACCUUCAAUGAACCCCGACAAAUGUAGCCGCACGGAAAUAAUUUCACUUUCGCCAGCUGUCGAAGCUCUUGCUCCAAGUACAUUUUCUUUACCUGCCGACAAUCCGUUGUCAGGUGUUGUUGGUGGGGUGUCUACAGAGUUAGAGCAGAAAGCCGUAUCGAUCCCUCCUAACCAAGAAACGACGGAUACACCUCAGCUUUCACUGGUUCUGCCUGCUUCAACAAGUGAGAUGUGUAAUUGUUCUCCAAGGCCAGAAUCUGCUCAGGAGGAGUUUCAUUCACUGGCGGCUGAACCUUCCUCGUUUUCCUCUUUCGAUUGGACAAAUUUGACACCUGCGAAUAAUUCGCGCGCCGAACAUUUCAGUUCCGCUGCACAAAGUGCUAAUGAUGACAGGGCCAUUGCAACGGGACUCUCACGGAUUACAUUUCCAGCUGAAUCCGGCUCCAUCUCAAAAGUGGCUGCUGUAUCUACGUCGGACAGUGCAGUCUAUAGAUCUCCACCUAAUCAUCUUAGUCCGUGUGAUUUUUCGACGGAUUGUCAAUGUGUGCAAUCGCCCAACUCGCCUGGAUUUCCAACGGGUGAGGUCUGUGAACCACCUGAAGAAACUACGCCAUUUGGUCAGUCGCGAAUGAUCAAUUUGUUGCCGGGCUCCUCAUCCGCAGGAGUAACGACAGGAAUGGAUGCUGCUUCUGAACCGCACAUUCGCAUAUCCUCUGCUGUUGUGACUACACCGAGAACUGGUGGACGGUCGAUUUCAGGAGACGAUCUGAGCGUAACUUAUACGGACACACAGGAAGCUCCGCCUCCGGCCUCUUUACCCUCCGUGACUGGGGACGAAGUCGGCGUCGAAUUGCCCGUUAAAGAGGAACCAUUGGUGCCGAUCGAAUUUCCAGCAUCCGACCAAGGAGGAGAUGGUGUGCACGCACGUGAAGAUGCAAGAGUCGGUGAAGGUAAAACUUUACUUUUUGCAGAUAUCUGUUGUCAUAACACUGAUUUAUUUUAA